GAAAGAUAACAAUUAAAAAAUACCAUUACGCUAGAGUAUGUACAUAUGUACACCAAGGUACAGAACCAGGAAAGAACAAGAAAAAAAAGUAACGCUCGGUAAGUAAGCAGAAACUAAUAGAAGGAAAACCCAAGAACAAGACGUAACGCGAUUCCAAAAAUAGCAAGAUGCAAGGUGGCGGAUGGAUGAGUAUCGCGUGCGUGCGCAAGGUAAGUUGGUCAAAGGGGGGAGUGUGCACGGAGUCGUUAAGUCGUAAAACGGGUUAUCGUAACAACAGUCAUAACAAUAGCGUGUCGGUAGCAAUGGGGCUGCACGAGCGAGCGGUCGGGUAUACCCAUUCGAUGGUUAUUUUGUCGAGUUGGUUGUUUGGUUGGUUGAAAUAUUACGGUAUAUUCAAGUAG